AUGCCGCAACCACCAUCCCGUGCUAUCUCCUCCAAAGACCUUCCGCCCUCGGUCGAAAGCGCCUACUACAGAAAAUGCAUCGACCUCCGCCGCCGCAUAACCGACAUCGAAGAGAACAAUGAUGGCACGCGCCUGCGCAUCACACGCCUGAACCGCGGCAUCCAAAAGAUGCGACUCGAGCGCGCAUUCCUUCUUGAGCAACUCAACAAACACAUGGAGUACAACGUCGACGACAGCGAUCGCAGCAGCAGCCCGCCGCCUACCCCAACGGAUAAGCCCUUGAGGAGCAAGAGGAGCCACAAUAGGAAGGGUACGCCUCCUCUUGGUGGCAGCGCCGAAGGAGGUGCAGGCGAGAGGAUAGCCAUCAGUGGAGAGAGUAGACUGGGACUGGGAGCCCUGUCCCAUGGCAUGAACCCCAUGAGUAGUGCUCAGAGUACCCCAGAUCCAUCAGGACGCCCCCAGAACAGCUACUUCGGCACCAUUGGCGCUUCCACCGCAACAAGUCCACACACCGGUGUUAAUGGAGCACCCCCUACGCUUCCUCCCCUGCAUUCGAUCCCACCGCUACAGCCACAGCAGCAACAACAGCCAGCACCUGCGCAGCGUGCAUACUUCGACCCGGCUUACGAUGAGCAACGUCCUACACCCGCUAGCAAUGAAGACGCAGUUGGUCGUCCACGUGCAUUCUCAGGUGCUGCCCAGCAACCACCAGCGACCGACUCCGCGCCUCCCCCGCCGCAGAACGGCGACACCGAGAUGACAGACGUUGCUUUUACAGCUGUGAACCGGUAG